ACGAUGACAUCUCGUUUGCUUUUAUUCGUUCUCCUCGUGGCAAGUUGUUCGCUUGCGAUGGCUGCAGACCCAAGUCCUCUCCAGGAUUUUUGUGUUGCUGAUCCAAAUGAACAUUUGUUCGUCAAUGGUGAGUUCUGCAAAGAUCCGGCUCUUGUGGUAGCAGAUGAUUUCUUUUUCAGUGGACUGGACGUUAUGGGAGAUACAAAUAAUGCAGUUGGGUCUAACGUGACCGCUGUGACUGUAGUACAGUUACCAGGACUCAACACUCUUGGAAUUUCAUUGGCUCGCAUUGACUUUGCUCCGGGGGGUAUUAACCCUCCCCACACACACCCUAGGGCCAGUGAAAUCUUGACGGUCAUAGAAGGCACUCUUGAAGUUGGUUUUGUCACAUCUAACCCUGAAAACCGUCUUAUCGCUAGAAAGCUUCAAAGGGGUGAUGUUUUCGUCUUCCCACAAGGUCUGAUUCACUUCCAAAGCAACAUCGGAGAUUGUAAUGCCGUUGCUAUUGCAGGUUUGGGCAGCCAAAACCCAGGUGUCAUUACCAUUGCGAAUGCAGUGUUCGGCUCUAACCCCGAUAUCGAUGAGAAUAUUCUUGCAAGGGCUUUCCAGGUGGGCGUGGACGUUGUUCGUCAAAUUCAAGCAAACUUCUAG